AUGUCUGAAGGAGCAGAAGGCACAACCACAAAACCAGAACCAUUUGAUGUCGAAAAGUUCUUUGGAGCGACACUAUUGACCAAACCUAAAGUCUCAAAGCCCACCUCAGAAUUGUUGAAGGACAAGGAACUUCUUGCCCUCUACUUUAGUGCGAGCUGGUGUCCCCCAUGUCGUCAAUUCAGUCCGUGGUUGAAGAAAUUCUACGAAACGCAUGGCCAAUCUGCCAAAUUGGAAAUCAUCUAUGUAUCAAGCGAUAGGACAAUUCCCUCGUUUGAAGAUUAUUACAAAACCAUGCCCUGGUUGGCCGUGCCCUCCGAAAAGGGAUCAGCCCCGAUUAAGCAAAAACUUGCAAAUACCUUUGGGAUUAUGGGGAUUCCCGCAUUGAUGAUUAUGGACGCCAAAACUGGAGAGUUUAUCAGUGGAACUGGUAGAGAAGAGGUUUCCAAUGUCAAUGAUGACGCGGCCAAAGGCAAGGCGGUCAUCGAACAAUGGAAGUCGGCGGAACGCAAACCAUUGUCGGAAGCGGCUGGAGUGGUUGCCUCGCAGGGUUGGGUCAUGAAAAUUGUCAUGUAUUUUGCUCGGAAUCCAAUGUUCUUGUUUGGACUACUUUAUCUUUACAAGUAUGCCAAGAAAAAGAUUAUGGGAGAGGGACAGGAGUUAUGA